UCCAACAGCACUACAAAGACAAUUAAUCACAAAAUUGAAUUCGACAUCUAAUAUAAAGAUUCAUCACAACACCAUCAUCAUCAUGAGUAGCUCCAGCUCUAGCGCUAGCUCUGGCUCUCCUUGCGGUGCUUGUAAGUUCCUUAGGAGGAAAUGUGCAAAGGGAUGUGUGUUUGCUCCAUACUUUUGUCAUGAACAAGGAGCUUCACACUUUGCAGCCAUUCACAAGGUCUUUGGAGCUAGCAAUGCUUCUAAGUUGCUCUCUCAUCUUCCCAUCAGUGAUCGAUGUGAAGCCGCUAUUACAAUCUCUUAUGAAGCUCAAGCUAGGCUUCAAGAUCCCAUCUAUGGCUGCGUUUCUCAUAUCUUUGCUCUCCAACAACAAGUUGUGAAUCUACAAGCACAACUUGAGAUCCUCAAGCAACAGACAGCACAAAGCAUGAUUUUUGCUGAUUCACCGACAUCAGAAAACCCUAAUGGUUACUAUGGAGACACUACUAAGACUCCUUAUCAUCAUGAUCAUCAAGAACCUCAAAACAUUUAUCAUCAUCAUGAUCAGACCCAUUUGGUUUACCAAACCGGAAGUUCUGGGACGGUUCACCACGGGGAUGCCACAGAGAAUAGUUACCACAACGAAACCUCCUCAGCCAUGGGAGAAUUCUCCAUCUACUCUGACUUGGAACAACGCUUGAACACUUUCAAUCAAGAUAAUCUCAAAGAGCUUCAGUCAGCAAAUUUUGGCUAUAUCUCCUUCUCGUGAUAUGGUUUAUAUCAAGACAUGGGCUGUGAUUCUUAUAAUUAUUCAAUAUCCGAUCUAUAUAGAAUAUAAAUAUAUAAAUACAUAGCCUGCUUAUAUAUGUUUCAGACUUUUUGAUGGUUUUAGUAGCGAUUGAUGAUGUUGCCUAGCUCAACGAACCAGCUUUGUUGUAAUCAUAAAUAAAAAGUAC